AUGCUCCCAAGGGGAUCGCUCAAUCAGUACAUUCCUCUGAUUGUACCCCAGGUUGCCCAGGACCUUUCGGCUAAAGCGCUGGACUACCUACCUUUCUCCAGAGAGUCUGAGAAGAACGAACAUAUGCUUCUUCACAGGUCUGCCCACUCUGUGAAGAUCGGGCAGAGUUUUCGCUUCAACGUGGACUUUGCUCCGUUUGAUUCUGCCGAACACUACGCUUCCCAGCCUCCCAAAUCGCUAUGGGUGAAGGUGAAGAAUACCGAGCCUUUGCCCAUGAGAGCUGCGUACUUGGCUGGUCCUUAUGUGUUGUAUGUGGAUUGCCGUACAGACGACUACGACAUCUCGAAAAAUGUGUUUGUCACGGCUGAUCAGCCCGUAUACGAACCUCAGCUCUUGCCGGGACAAAGCUUCUACGUGGAAUUGCUGUGCCAUCAAUAUAAACCGCACUAUAGAUGGACUAUUGACGUUGUGUCGCAGGCGAUCUUCAAUGCCUCGGUGACGACGAAUUUUGAGGUGUCCAUUGCCGCUCGUCGUGAGUGGCUCUCGGAAUCGCAUGUUCAGGUGGUGCCCCACCCGUUUGUGCUGGUCCUGGUGCACGACACUCUAGACUUGUGGAAUAUGCCGAUUCCGGACACAUCUCGCCCGAUACACUUGGUGAUUUUGACUCACGGACUACAUGCCAAUGUUCUGUCUGAUAUGUUUUUCAUAAAGGAACAAAUAGACAAAGCUAGCGGGGACGAGAACAUCGUUGUCAAGGGCUACUUUGGCAAUGUGUGCAAGACAGAAAGAGGAAUUAAGUAUUUGGGCAGUAGAGUCGCUGAUUACGUCAUCGAACUUGUCACUCACAACGAGACAUUGAAGGGAAACGUCAACAAAAUCUCCUUCAUUGGUCACUCGCUAGGCGGCCUCAUACAAACCUUUGCCGUGGCGUACUUGGAGGCAAACUUCCCAUGGUUCUUUCAACAAGUUAAGCCCAUCAACUUCAUCACUCUAGCGUCGCCAAUGAUCGGCGUGGUCCAUGAAAAUCCUGUUUACAUAAAGCUAGCGCUCUUGGCUGGCGUUGUGGGCAAAACGGGGCAAGAGUUGGGUUUACAAUACACGGAAACAAACAACAAGCCUCUUUUGCUCUUGCUACCUACAGGGCCUACUCAUCGUAUUCUUAAGCGUUUCAUUAGAAGAACGCUAUAUGCUAAUGCGGUGAAUGACGGGAUUGUUCCCCUCCGUACCUCUGCCUUGCUUUAUCUAGACUACGACGGCUUAUCAGCAUUGGGCAAGGAUCCAGAGCCGGGAACCACUGGAGAGAUUCCUCAAGACCUCCCAGAUAAUGCAGACACCCAAACGCUGGCUAUUGGUGCGGUGCUAUCCUAUUUCCUACCUCAGAAGCAGCGCAAGAGCGAUGCUGACAAAUACAAUCGUUUCCAAACCACUACUCAGGAAAACAAUAGUAAAGAGGGUACGUUUGGAGGGAUACCAAAACCAUCGUUGGUGGAAAGCGCAACAUCUUUAAUACUUCCUCCACAACCGUCUCUCAAAUACAUUACAAACCCUUCUUCCAGAGAUAAUGUCAUUGUUCAUGACAAGGUCUAUCAUGACGCUGACUUACCGCCUUUCAGGAUCGAAGAGAAAGACGAACUGGAAAAGCAACAAACCAUGAUGCAAAAGCUCACUGCGACAGGCGAAUCGAUCACGAAGCUUGCAAGAGACGAGGAAAUGGAACGAUUAGAAGAGGAGAUUGCUCGCGAGUAUCAUAAACUGAUGCUGUGGAGAAAAGUUCUUGUUAAACUUAAACCGGAUGCUCAUAAUAAUAUUGUGGUGAGAAGAAGAUUCUCCAAUGCCUAUGGAUGGCCCGUUAUAGAGCACUUGAUCAAAAACCACUUCGGUGUUGAUAGCAACGAAACCCCCGAGCUAUGUGAAGAUGAAAGCAUGGACUUGGCCACCGAAUCAUCAGCAUUAGCUCGUAUCCUUCUGAGAGAUCUCAUCCAUCAGCAGAACGAGGAUAUUGAUAGAGAGUCGCUCAACGAGCCUGUUGAGCACACAUGGAUGAAAGCCGAUGCAGACUGCGAGUCAAUGUUUGCAGUCGGCCCUGCUGGUCUUCUCCUGGACGUAAGCGAGAUGGUGUAUAAGCUCAAGGACCAAUGGGAGAGACGAACUUUGCAGCCACGCAACAUAGACGAGGCAAACGCCUUAGACAACGACCCAUUCGAAGGCACCAAGCUGAUUAUGGAGCCUUUCAUGUAA